UGGAUGCUAUCUACAUAAGUUAAAUGCCUAUAUAAAAAUAGGAUCCCACUCUAUUUCCGAGUUUAUUCAACAGAAAUAACAAAUAAAAUGCGAGUAUUUUUUAUUAUAAGUUUUGCAGUUAUAUUUCUAGGCUUUGCCGAUUCAACCAUCGUGGGUCCAUGUAAAGAUGGCGGCGUAAUACCACCAGGUGUAAAUUUAGAAUCAGAUUCUAAAAUUUGCAAAGAGUCUCCUUGUAUAGCAUACACUGGUAGCUCUUGUUACUUCAACGUCAAUUUCACCUCACCUGGAUACGUACCAUCUAUAACCCCUAAGUAUAAAGCAACAUCUAUGGGGGUGACUUUAGACUAUCCAUGCGAGAAAGACGCUUGCACAGGAAUUACCAAUACAGUUUGCCCUCUUGUGGAAAACGAACGCGUUUCUUAUACUUGGACACUGUCUCUACCAAGUUUUUAUCCAGAAUGUCUUGUCGAUCUUGAAGUUUCUUUUACAAAUGACGAUGAUAACUCCCGUAUAUUCUGCUUUACCACUCAGAUUGAUGUAAGACACAAAUAAAUAGAAAUGUAGGAUCUUAUGUUUAGUUGUAACUGUAAGUCAAAAUUGAGUAUUACUAGUAGUAAAGAUUGUAUACAGUUAUGUAUUAUAAGUAAAUAUUAUGUAUAAUAAAUUGAUAUAAAUACUAUAAA